AUGACCUCCGCUCUCUUAAAUUCCGAGCUCGCUGGUCUCUCUCUGGUCUCUCGGGGAAAGGUUCGCGACGUCUACGCUACAUCCUCUCCGGACCAUCUGCUUUUUGUGGCUACGGAUCGUAUAUCAGCGUACGAUGUCAUUCUGCGCAAUGGUGUGCCUGACAAAGGAAAAGUGUUAACGAAGAUAUCUCUAUUUUGGUUCGACAAGCUGAAGCAUGUCCUCCCGACGCAUUUCGUUACCGCCAACCUCGAGGAUAUGCCUUCGGAGGCUAGACAAUACAAAGAGCAGCUUGAAGGUCGCAGCAUGCUUGUCAAAAAGGCAAAGGUCGUGCCGUUAGAGGCCAUCGUUCGAGGGUACCUCACAGGUUCUGGUUGGGCAGAGUACAAGAGGUCAGGGACGGUACAUGGCAUUCCUCUGCCCGAGGGCCUCGUCGAGUCGCAGAAACUACCGGAGCCUCUGUUCACCCCCUCGACGAAGGCGGAACAGGGACAACAUGACGAGAACAUUUCCCCACAACAAGCCGCAAAAUUGGUAGGCCAGAAGCUUUAUGAUAAGAUCGCGGCCGCCGCUAUUCAGCUCUACCGUGAAGCCGCAGAAUAUGCGCUGACGCGAGACCUUAUCCUCGCCGACACAAAGUUCGAGUUCGGGCUCGUUCCGUCGCCUACCGGAGGAGAGGAUCAACUUAUCCUCAUUGACGAACUGCUGACGCCGGAUUCAUCGCGCUAUUGGCCUGCUGCGGGCUACCAGCACGGCGGUCCGCAGCCGAGCUUUGACAAGCAGUAUCUGCGAGACUGGCUGACUCAAACGGGCUUUCGCAAGGGUCUUGAGAGCGGCCCCGCGGGACGCGAGGGCGAGGGCUGGACUAUGACGCAGGAUGUAGUUGAAGGGACACGACAGCGGUAUGUAGAGGCGCUGACCAUGUUGACAGGACAAGGGUUGGGCGCUUGA